UAAUUUUUUUAACUUAUGUCUGCGCUUUUUCGUCUUGAUCGGACUUGGAAAGUAAAAUUUAUUAACUGUUCAUGCAAUCUUGCCACCUUUUCUAACGAUGUUGAUGAAACGCAGGAGAAGGAGUCGUUUUUGAGGAGUGUAUUGGCAGGUAUGGAAAACGUCUAUGUAAACAGAAAUCCGACGGCAAAGGCCGUGGUGGAGCUGGUACAGACAGUUGAGGGCGAUUCAGUCUGUUAUGAUCAUCUUGCUUUCAGGACAUUCGGGCUUGAUGGUCAUGGAAUUGAUUCAAUGGCAACAAUGUUCUUGGAUUAUGGAUAUACACAGCAACAAGAGCUGAGAUUUCCUGCUAAAAAAUUGAAAGCAUUAUGGUUUGCACCUCCAAAGUCUUCACGUUUUGGCAGUGGCAGUGGCGUUAAUGGUCCUCUCCCGAGAAUUUUUAUAUCCGAGCUUCUGGUUGAUCAAAUGAGCCCGCAAGCUCAGGAAAUAAUUAAAAAAUAUAUUCAAAUAUCUGGCAGUGGAUUCAAACAUGCUGCUCUUGCAAGUGCUUUAGGAUCAUUAACAUGGGCGAAGCCUUUAUAUUCUGAGUUUCAGCAAUUAGCAAGGGAGAGUGAAUAUGCUGCCUGGACGCUUGUCAAUGGUUAUGCACUGAACCAUGUUACGAUCUCCACUCACCGGCUCAAAUCUCAUCUGAGAAAAAUCGAUGACCUCAAUCGGUUCAUUGAAGAGAAUGGGUUCAAAUUAAGUUCUGAAGGUGGAGUUCUAAAAGUGAGCCCUGAUGGUCUUCUGCUGCAAAGUUCAACUGUGGCAGAUUCAAUCACUUUUGAAUUUUCUGAUGGUGUUAGUGAAUCAGUUCCUUGUUCAUACAUUGAGUUCGCAGAACGUCUUGUGUUGCCACAGUAUAAAAGUUUACCUGAAGAAGAGGUGAAGGAGUAUCAUAGGCGAGAUGGGUUUGAGGUGGGUAAUGCCGACAAGAUCUUUGAGAGCACAUCUAAAGAGCAACUCACUAGGAGGGCUGCAUGAGGAAAAAUAAAACAUUUCCAGGAAUAAGCGUGCAUUGGUACUUUUAUGUCGAGGUUCCAGAAGUAAAACAUUCACAGGCCGAGGUUGAACAUAAUGUAUAUGUGCAACAUGUAAAUAAAUAUGAUUUCCAUAUCAUUUGUUGCUUGCUGAAUCUUAUAAUAAUUCCGUAUGUUUUGAACCACUUUUCAUUUAUUCCUACCUAAAUUAAGCA